AUGACAUUCAUUAACCGAUGACUAUUCUCAACUAACCACAAAGAUAUUGGAACCCUAUACCUAAUUUUUGGCGCCUGGGCCGGAAUAGUAGGCACUGCCCUAAGCCUCCUAAUUCGAGCAGAACUAGGACAACCUGGAGCCCUACUAGGAGACGACCAAGUCUACAAUGUGAUUGUCACAGCCCAUGCUUUCGUGAUAAUCUUCUUCAUAGUUAUACCAAUUAUGAUCGGAGGCUUUGGAAACUGACUAGUCCCCCUAAUAAUCGGAGCCCCCGACAUAGCAUUCCCUCGAAUAAAUAACAUAAGCUUCUGACUACUUCCCCCAUCCUUCCUCCUACUCCUAGCAUCCUCAACCGUAGAAGCAGGAGUAGGAACAGGAUGAACAGUAUACCCCCCACUAGCAGGCAACCUAGCCCAUGCCGGAGCCUCAGUUGACCUGGCUAUUUUCUCACUCCACCUUGCAGGUAUCUCAUCAAUCCUAGGGGCCAUCAACUUCAUCACAACAGCAAUCAACAUAAAACCCCCUGCCCUAUCACAAUAUCAAACUCCCCUAUUCGUCUGAUCAGUACUCAUCACUGCAGUCCUACUACUCCUAUCCCUGCCAGUCCUAGCCGCUGGAAUCACAAUACUACUAACAGACCGCAACCUAAACACCACAUUUUUCGACCCGGCAGGAGGAGGAGACCCAAUCCUAUAUCAACAUCUCUUCUGAUUCUUCGGCCACCCAGAAGUGUACAUCCUAAUCCUACCAGGCUUUGGAGUCAUCUCCCAUGUAGUAACCUACUACUCAGGCAAAAAAGAACCAUUCGGAUACAUAGGAAUAGUAUGAGCUAUGCUAUCCAUUGGAUUCCUGGGCUUCAUCGUCUGAGCACACCACAUGUUCACAGUAGGAAUAGACGUAGAUACUCGAGCAUACUUUACAUCAGCCACCAUAAUCAUUGCCAUCCCAACAGGCAUCAAGGUAUUCAGCUGAUUAGCAACCCUACACGGAGGAACAAUCAAAUGAGACCCCCCAAUACUAUGAGCCCUAGGCUUCAUCUUCCUAUUCACCAUCGGAGGACUGACAGGAAUCGUCCUAGCCAACUCCUCACUAGACAUCGCCCUACAUGACACUUACUACGUAGUAGCCCACUUCCACUACGUCCUGUCAAUAGGAGCAGUAUUCGCAAUCCUAGCCGGAUUCACACACUGAUUCCCCCUAUUUACAGGAUACACCCUUCACUCAACAUGAGCCAAAGCACAUUUCGGAGUCAUGUUCGUAGGAGUAAACCUAACCUUCUUCCCUCAACAUUUCCUAGGACUAGCAGGUAUACCACGACGAUACUCCGACUACCCAGACGCCUACACACUAUGAAACACUAUCUCCUCAAUCGGCUCACUAAUCUCAUUAACAGCUGUAAUUAUGCUAGUGUUCAUCAUUUGAGAGGCUUUCGCAUCUAAACGUAAAGCUACACAACCAGAACUAACAAGCACCAACAUCGAAUGAAUCCACGGCUGCCCACCCCCAUUCCACACCUUCGAAGAACCAGCCUUCGUGCAAGUACAAGAAAGG